AAUCUGUUUAAAGAAGAGAGCGAUGUGAUGCAAGUGGUGACAGAGUUAGAAGAACUCGUGGUGGAACACGACGUGACCUUUUUGCUAUUGGAUAGCAGGGAAGCGAGGUGGCUUCCCACACUUCUGGCGGCUCUUCAUGGAAAGCUGGCCAUAAGUGUGGCGCUUGGCUUUGAUUCGUUUGUGGUGAUUCGUCACGGUGUUUCUGGUGGCAGAGUGGCUGAAGACUGCAAUGAUUCUAGACUCGUACCUGGUUCACAGCUGGGCUGCUACUUCUGCAGUGAUGUUACUGCGCCUGGAAAUUCAACAGCCGAGAGGACCUUGGAUCAGCGGUGUACUGUGAGUCGCGCGGGUGUAUCUUCUGCCGCAUCGGGGACUGCUGUGGAAUUAUUAGCAGCAAUUGUCCAACAUCCCCUAAUGGGAAGUUCACCCGCAUGUCUUGUUGGAAAUGAUGAAUCGACAACAGUACUGGGUGCAACGCCGCAUCAGAUCAGAUCUUUUUUUUCACGAUUUACGCAGAUGACUCCAACCGUAAAACGCUUUGAGCGUUGCGUUGCAUGUGGAGCCGCUGUUCAGGAAGCAUACAAGCAGGAGGGUGCCCGAUUCUUGUUCAAAGUUUUUAGCAGCCCUGAAUGUUUAGAGCGGAUCACCGGGCUCGACCAGCUGCAGUUUACUGCGGAUCACACGGAUCUCUGGGAAUAUGGUGACAGUGAAAGUGUCUCAUCGAGCUAA